AUGAUAGACUGCUGGGGACACCGCGGUGCUUCAGCUGCAUUUCCGGAGAACACCCUCGCGAGCUUCGAGGCGGCUAUACGUGAUGGCGCAGAAGGCAUAGAAAGCGAUGUCCAUAUGUCCCUUGAUGAUGUCGUGGUCAUGUUCCAUGAUCCCAGCUUGGAGAGGACUACAGACGGAACUGGCUUCAUUAGGGAGAGGUAUUGGUAUGGCAAAGAUGGAAUGGAGCAUGUGCGGACGAAGAAAGAGCCUAGGCAGGCGAUACCUACGUUCCCCGAGACUGUCGAGCUCCUCAUGAAGCCUGAAAACCAACACGUCAAGUUGAAUGUGGACGUGAAAAUCCAGAGCGAUCCCGACCGGCUCUUCCCCCUCCUGCAUAAGACGAUCACCUCGCACGAGAACUGGGAAACUCUUCUCGCACCGCGCAUCCUCUUGGGUCUGUGGCAUCCGCGGUUUAUUGCUCCCGCCAAGUCCGUCCUGCCGUAUUUGAAGAGGUCGUUCAUUGGAGUGAGUUUGCACAUCGCAAGAAAGUACUUCUGGGAAAGCUGUGAGGCUUUCUCUAUUCACUUCAGUAUGUUGACGAGUUCGGACGGGGCGAAAUUCCGGAACGAGUGUAAAGCAGCGGGCAAGAAUAUACUCGUAUGGACCGUGAACAAGCCAGAGCAUAUGAUGGAGUGCGUCCGAUGGGAUGUUGACGCUAUCCUCACGGAUUACACCAAAGUCUGGCUAGAACUCCGCGCACAGCUGCAGACGGAUUAUGACAAGAUCGUCGCCCAAUACAACAGCCGCCUAUUCCUCUGGACGUCGAUGAUAUUCUACAAGCCUGUACAGCUUCUUGGCCAGUUCUAUCACCACGCCUAUCUUGAGUCGGUCGCUGGCCCUCUUGAUGCUGUUGAUACUGCUGCUCCGGGGGUCAAGGUCAAGUCAUGAUAGAUCCUCUUCAGUUGAUAUCUUUAUUAUCGCGUUUGAUGGAUCCCUAGAGUAUGCCGCAUGUUUAGACGCAGGCCUUAUUUUCCAUCGAUGUGCCUUCAUAAUUGUAAUUCAGGGACAUUCUUGUCCAUA